GGCCCAAGCAUGGACUUUCCGCCGCCGGCCGCUCUCCUUUUGGGGCUCCUCCUUCUGCAGGGCGUCCUGAGGCCUCUGUGGGGGGACCUGGUUUUCAUCCCUUCUUUCAUCCGAAUGUCCGGCCCUGCGGUCAGCGCGUUCCUGGUCGUCGGAGACGCCGCCAAUGUGACUGUGUCCCUGGCCGUGCUGCAUGACGAGGCGGGAGUCUUGCCGGUUCCAACUUGUGUCGGGCUGAGCACUGAGGCAGAAAACUGGAGUGUGACUGUGACCUCCAGUGCAGAUGUGCUGGAAGUGACAGUAAGGUUGACGAAGGGUCUGGAGUGGUGUUCCUCUAAUGAGACAGAUUCCGUCUCAGAGUCCCCGUGUAUCGUCCAAGCUCUUCUGGUUUCAGCAUCUCGCAGUUCAUCCUGUUUGGCACAUCUACUCAUUCAGGUGGAAAUGUACGCCAACUCUUCUCUGACCCAUAACGCCUCAGAGAACAUGACUGUUAUUCCUAACCAGGUGUAUCAGCCUCUUGGUCCUUGUCCUUGUAAUUUAACAGCCGGGGCCUGUGAUGUUCGCUGCUGCUGUGACCAGGAAUGCUCAUCCCAGUUAACGGAACUGUUCCAACAGUCCUGUUUCCCCGGCGUGUUUGGAGGAGAUGUCAAUCCUCUGUUUGAUCAGCUCUGCUCUGUUGGGAGGACGCACCAUGUCCCCGAGUGGUUUCCCCUCCUGUGCGUGCAGUCGUCCCUGGCCAACACGCCCUUCCUCGGUUACUUCUACCACGGUUCCAUUUCCCCUAGACAGGACUCUUCCUUUGAAAGAUAUUUGCAUAUUGAUCCAAAAGACUUUUCAGACUUUGGUUACAAACAAGGAGAUCCAAUUAUGACUGUAGAUAAGGCAUAUUUUACUAUCCCACAGGUGUCCCUGGCUGGGCAGUGUGUGCAGAAUGCCCCCGUGGCAUUUCUUCAGAAUUUUGAUGUUAAAUGCAUUACUGAUUUGGAAAUACACCAAGAACAAGAUGGUAUUCUCGAUGUGAAGAUAAAGAGUGGCGCUAUGGAGAGACGCAUAGUUACACCAGAAGUAAUCUACGAGGCAAGAACUGACCUAGACAAAUUCAUCACCAAUGCAGAAAUUCUUUUAAAUAACGGAUCAGGCUCCAAACGUGUGAAUGUGGAAGAACAUUACAUUUUCAUAUGGAAUAAUAAGACAAUCCUUGGAAUAAAUGUCAGAAUUAUUUGGGCAGAAAUUAAUGCCCACCAGAAAGGUUACCAACUUGGCAAGCCUGUCCGAGUUCUAAAUACCAACGGAACAAAUAAUGAUACGACUUUUCACCUUUGGCAGUCAGCUGGAAGGGGUUUGUGUACAUCAGCAACUUUCAAACCCAUUUUAUUUGGAGAAAAUGCACUAUCUGGGUGCUUAUUAGAAGUUGGGAUUAAUGAAAACUGUACUCAGCUCAGGGAGAAAGCUGUUGAAAGACUUGGUUCAUUAAUAAAAGCAACUCAUGUUGCAAUGAGAGGCAACUCCAAUUACAGUGAUCUUAGUGAUGGCUGGCUCGAGAUAAUACAUGUAGAUGCCCCUGAUACAGGGGCAGACCCACCUGUUAGCAGCACCAGUGGCAUCUGCCCGGAUGUUCCUGCUCAGCUGCACAUCCGCAUCCUCAUCUCGGACGCUGGCUUGGUGGAAGGGAUUACUCAGCAGGAGAUACUUGGCGUAGAGACAAGGUUCUCCGCGGUGAACUGGCAGUACCAGUGCGGGCUUGCCUGUGAGAAUAAGACCGGCCUUUUCCCUGUCGGUGCCUCAGUCCGGUUUAUUACAGUACCUGCACAGUUACCCCGCCCCCUGACAAGAUUCCAGAUCAAUUUUACAGAAUAUGACUGUAACAGAAAUGAGGUGUGCUGGCCGCAACUUCUCUAUCCAUUGACCCAGUAUUAUCAAGGGGAGCCUUAUUCUCAGCGUGUUGCCAAGGGCUUACUGUUGGUAUUGUCCCUCAUUCUGGCUGUGCUCCUCAGCAACCCCUGGACCAGAAUAUUCCAAGCUUGGAGUCUGACUACCAUCUGACUUCUUAAAGACUACAGACCCUUA